UUUGUGGGCAAUGGCGGAUCAAGACCCCCAGGCGAUGCAUUUCACGCUUCAUCUGGAUAAGCCGAUCGCUUGCCAGGUGGAGAUCGCGUCUUGGAAUCCGGAGAAGGAUUUGCUCGCAAUGGUGAGCACGGAUCAUCAGCUCACGGUCCAUCGAUUCAACUGGCAGAAGCUGUGGACGAUUUCUCCGGAGAAGAGGAUCACUGCUAUAUGCUGGCGUCCCGAUGGAAAGGCUCUAGCAGUCGGGCACGAAAAUGGCGAAAUAUCUCUUCACGAUGUCGAGAAUGGCGAGGUUUUGAGAACACUUGAAGCGCACAAGGCCUCGGUUCAGUGUGUCUACUGGGUGGAAGAAAGGUCUGCUCGAUCACAGGGUUCCACUUUACAUGAAGAUCGAACUUCGAGAUUUUUUCCUCCACCGCCAAAGCCACCAGCAAUGCCAGGAACAGGCCCUGCGUUUGAUAUGGCUGGCGCAUUUGCUUCUGGGGAUGAUCAAGAAAACAUUUCUCAGAAUGCGGCAUCGAAACACUCUGAGCAGUACCUCAACAUCUUGUGCAGCAGCGACAGCAAUGGGCUUGUUUGCCUCAACGCAUUUGGCUUGUUUGCCAUUGGAGAACUGAACUUACACAACUUUCCCAAUUGGAAGCAACUAUCAGCUGUGAAGGUGAUGCUCUCUGGCGACCUAUGCAACAUGAUCCUGCUUUGCCAUGACCAAGAUAAAAACUCGGGACUAGUCUCCAUCUCAGUCGAUACUACUUUGCUUAACAGUCGGCGCAAUGAAAUUCGUCAAGUUGCACUACAGGCUUCCAGCAUUGAAGAGCUGCUAGAAGUUCUGCAAACAACUUUGACGGUCAUGAGAAGACACUGGGUUGAUGCGAUGAGCGCGUUUGCCGACAAAUUUAGUGCAUUUCAGUCACUCCUCCGUGAAAAUGGAUCGCUGUCAACACCACGUGAUGAGCUCCUGACCCUUCUGGCUUGUGGCUCAGCAAGUGUCUCCCUCCAUCAGUUCCUUGCUGUUACAUUAGGAGAAGGGGGACUGAAAAAACUUGGAAAAAGCAUUGAUACUGCCGGGAGGGAGAUUCAGGUUCUUAUAGCUGAUCAUCUUCAACCUGCCGCAGAGAUUUUAGCAUUCAGGAUUGGCGAGCUCCUUGGGCUGUCACGUUGGCGUAGUCAGCUGCAAUCCAUCGGUCUAGACGAAGUUCUGGUUAACUCUGUCAUGGAGAACGCAGGAAUGCUAAUGGUGCAAGUGGAACGAUUUCUUCAUGUAGUGAGUGACACGGUUGGACAGUAUCGUCUCUUCUUCGUAUGGCUUACAAAAUCGCUGCGACUAUUUAAUGCCGAGACUUCACCCUUGCAUACAGAGCCCAUCAACAGUACAGCCAUCGCGACAUUUUUGAGACAACAGUUCGACUCAGAUCUCAUUGGACCACAUGUAAUUUCGGAAGGUGUUCUACCGAACAUUGGGUUUGAAGAGGACUUGUCGAAAGCUGAAGAACUUCUUUUGCUUGGCGGAUUUCAAGACGUCAAGUUCCUCCAAAGGACACUCUUUCAGCAGCUCAAUUGUCUGUGUGACAGCUGGCGAGCUGCCAUAUCUAAGCCCGUCGCUGUAAUCUCCCCUAGGUUGUGUUUUAAAAGUCAUCUCUUCCUCUGUGAGUUCCCCAAGCUUCUUCCGUUAUCGUGCACAUACUAUGAGAUGAAAACGGAAACCCCCAGUUUUGUUGAUUAUACAUGCUUUGAGAUUCAUACAGACGGGCCGAAUCAUAUCGGUGUACUUCGUGGCUUCAACUCCCAAAGCAUGGGCUCCGAUGGAAACGAAGUUGAAGCCGUGGUCCUGCAACUCAAUGAACACCUUACCUGUUUGGAUUUUUCCUUGUACAAGGAGAAACAACUGCUUUUGCUACUCAAUGAAAGAUUACCUCAGUGUGGUGGCAGUCAGGCGUGGAUUAUGGUAUUGGAGCUGGAAGAGCUGCCUUUUAUAUCAUUGAAGUCGCAGACUAACGAGGCGGGGGAAAUUCUCCGGUUUUGCACGUCGAACGAUGCUCUUGCAUUCGUCGGCUUGAGGAGCGGCAAAUCUCGAUCCAUCCUUCAGCUUGACGUGAUCCCUCCCAUCGCCGUUAGUGCUUCAAGAGGGCUUGCGUGCGUUUUCGCUGCUCAAAAGCGAGCAAUGCUUUACGAUCUGGAAGAAGACGAGGAAGAAAAGGAUGAUUGACAGGUACUUCAUUUUUUCGAAAUCUCUACUUUGCUGUGACGCUGGUUAUACGGCUUUGCCACGCGGCGCCAGCCUGUUCGUUGCUCCUUUCGAGUUUCUGUGGACCCAAGGAGGUAAUGGAAUGAAUUUUUUCGCUGGCUA